GUCGUACCUAACAGAAGUGGUGGACCCGCUGUUUACUGUUUUGUCAGAGCGAAACUUCUCUGCACGAUUUUUCUCGGUAUCGAGAAAUUCGAGUAAAAUGCAUCGGUUAGAGGACAGCUAUCUGGUCUAUCUUGUCGCGCAGUCCACUGGGGCUUAGAUGCAUCGAAAAUGCGAGCGUAGCAUGCGUGCCGAACGUUUGAUCGUCUGCUCGCAGACGAUCACUGACGCAACCAUUUCUGUAACGCCAAAUCAACCAACCUAACACAAACGUUUCCACGUCGUUCCAGCGCUGUGUGCGCCAUGCAAAACAUCUACCACUUCGAGCGUAGCAGCAGGACCCACUGCCCCGGCCUGUACUGCGGCCGAAUCAGAUUCGACAAUGGUUCCUUCAGCGACUGUGGGGCUUGUCCCCGUGGAUUCCGGGUGUCCCGUGAUAGCAAGCUGUGCAUGCCGUGUGCCGACCUGCCCCAGUUCUACGACUGGCUCUACCUGGGCUUCAUGGCUCUGCUGCUGCUGGUGGUCGAGUGGUACAUCAUCGACAAGACCAUGCGUCGACGAAGCUUCACUCCGGAGGUGCUCGCACUCCAUGCCUGUGCCCUGUUCGAGACCGUGCUGGCGGCGGUGGCGACUCUCCUGUCGACACCUCCUGUGGGGCAGGUCCUGCUGCACACGUGCCAAGUGCAGCGCCUCUCGGACUGGUACACCCUGCUGCACAACCCGACACCGGGCUACAAGCACACCAUGCGCUGCACCCAGGAGGCCGUUUACCCACUGUUUUCGAUGAUAUUCGUCUUCUACGGCCUCUGCCUGGCAUCCUUGCUGCUUCUGCGGCCCCUGCUGGUCUACAAGAUCUUCUCUGGUCAGGGAAAGAAGUCUGUCUUCCUGACCAUGUAUGCCAUUCCAGCGCUGGCCCUUAUCCACGCCACAAUGGGUGGACUGUUGUAUUACGCAUUUCCGUACAUCGUUAUCAUUCUGUCUGUGGUGUCCAUGGCAGCUCACUUUGCUUUCAGACUUGACCAGUCCAUGUGCUCCCUGUUCUCACAGACUCUGAAGGAGUCGCGAAACUUGACAAUUCUCUUCGGCCACUGGUUCCUCCACGCUUACGGAAUCAUUGCCAUCACCCAGUUGCGAGAUCCGGUCUUCCACUGGGCACUGCUCGCCGUCGUACCGUUCCCUUCACUGUUCUACAUCCUGACGUCAAAGUUCACAGAUCCGAGCAAGCUACAUGUGGAGUGACAUGCAAUCCUAGCUUGUGCCCUGUGAACCUCUUAAUGCAAGAACUUCCCAUGUUUCACUUUCAUGUUACGGCACGUCCUCGGUUGCUUGAUCCAUGAAAUGUAGUCUGCUUUGGAUCUUGACAACAGCGCAUGAUCGAUGAAUAGUAUUUGCCCAAGAAACUUCUUUCUUAGACUGUAUGUAUGACAAUGGAUGUUGUGUGGCAUAUUUGAAUGAUUGCGUGUGGCAGAAGCGAUGGCCGUCUCUGCUGCAAUAAGAUUUAUGUUCAUUGUGUAUUGUCAGUGGAAGGAGAUGUGCCACCAAUUUGUAGCUGUAAACUAAUCUAUGUUGCAGUUGCAUUUCAGUCUAUUUAUAAUUGUGCAGUCAAUGUUACCUUGUGUUUAGUGUUUGAGAUUUAUCAUCAUCUUGUGAGGGCAUCAUGCCCAGCAUAGGCUGGUUAUUGUACCAGUCUUCAGAAGGAUGGCGUGUUGUGUUGGUGAAAAGGCCAGAACUGAUGAAUUGAUGUAAAUAUACAAAUAGCUCGAUUUUCGAGGCCUGUAAAUACACUCAAUAAACUCCCUAAACACCCAGA